AUGACCGGCGAAUCAGAGAAGGGCAGAGAUGGAGGUAAACGGGAGAGAUACCCUGCUGGGGUGGUUCAGACUAACAGGUUCUUCACAGGCGGCGACGGUGAACCAGAAACUGCGACAGAGGAAUCGACGCAGCAACCGACAACACCGGAGCCGACGGAUGAUGCUCCAGCUGAUGCUCCAGCUGAUGCUGCUGGUGAUGAUCCAACCGGGACAACAGAAGAAACUAAGCCUGAAGCGCCAAAGGAAGGAUCCGUCGACGCACCAACAGAAGAGGCAGCUGCCGAUUCACCGGGAGAUGGCGAGUCGCACGAUUCACAAGCAGCUACAGCCGUCGAGUCAAGUGAAGGCGACAGGCAUCCGGAACUCGAGACUGUCGUCGAAAUCGUCGAGAAGAUGCAGGCUGACGACGCGCCUCCGGAAGAGAUCACUGAAGUACUAGAACAGGCCAUGUCGGACGUUGGAGCUGGACCUGAUUCCCCAGCGCCCGAUGAAGAGCCAUCCCCAACGGAAGCAGAAGAGGCCGCCGAAGCCUCGUUAGACCCGAUGACUGAGGAGACUGGUUCGACGGAAGAAAGCACUACAGAGGGAUCCGUACCAGAUAAAGAAGACGAGCCUCAGGCGGAUGCAGAGCAAGCCGAGCCCUCCACGAACAGUACCGAAGCUGAUGCCGCCCCAACAGACGCAACCGAAGCAGAACCGCUUGAGUCUUCUCCCAUUGACCCAGCUGUUGAGGAGGACAAGGAUAGAGCCUCGGAUGAGCCUCCAGCUGAACAGUCAGCUGAAGAGGCUAAAGCGGAGGACGACGACCCCUCAGAUGACAAGCCAGAUGGGCCCCUCGAGGAUAUAUCUCCACAAGGAAAUGAAACUGAAGCGGUGCCAGCAACAGAAGACGCUGGCCCAGGGGAAGAUGGCCCUGGCGAUGACGCACCUGCUGUCGAAGCCGUCGCAGCAGACGAGACACCUGCUGAUGAGCAGGCCGAUGAAGCCGCCGUCGGCACUCCGGAAGAACCCCAGGCCGAGACAACGCAACCCGAACAGGCAGAUCCUCGGGCGGACGAUGGGGCUGAUGGGGAAGCCGACGCUUCUAAAGAAGCGGAGGAGCAGCCGGCGGAUACAGAUGCUCCCGCAGAGGAUGAGGCGACAAAGGAGGCUGAGGAACCUCCAGCUGAUGCUGCAGAUCAACCAGUAGAUGCACCAUCUGCUGCCGAGGACUCCGUUCCACCGGCCGAGGAGAAUAACGAGUCUCCAGAAGCAGCUGCGGAGGGGGAUACGUCCGAGUCGACUGAAGACGCGGGAGCGUCUGUUGAAGCCGCUUCUGACGAGGCUGCCACUAUGGGUCCGCCUUCAGAAGAAGCACCGUCAGAGGAAGCACCGUCAGAGGAAGCACCGUCAGAGGAAGCACCGUCAGAGGAAGCACCGUCAGAGGAAGCACCGUCAGCGGAAGCAUCAGCUGAAGGGUCGGCGGCUGAAGCGGUGGCCGCCGAAGAAGCCGCCGUUGCAGGAACAGCUACCGAAGAGCCAACUCCUAAAGAAGCGCCCGGCGAAGAAGGUGCCCCCGAAGAAGAAGCUGCCCCCGAAGAAGCUGCCCCCGAAGAAGCUGCCCCCGAAGAAGCUGCCCCCGAAGGAGUUGCUACCGGGCCAGAAGCUCCUGCAGAAGAAGCACCUCCGGCCGAGGAAGAAGCUGCUACCACUGAAGAACCCGCCGCCGAUGAGGCUUCUCCCACCGAAGAAGCGCCUGACGUCGAUGAGGCUCCUCCCACCGAAGAAGUGCCUGGCACCGAUGAGGCGGUUGUCGAAGAGGCUCCUGCUGAAGAUGCGCCCACCAAUGAAGUGGCCCCUGAAGAAGCUCCGGCUGACGAGGAACCUACAAAGGAAGAAGCGGCUCCAGAUGAUGCUGCACCUGCGAACGAGUCAGCUCCACCGGCAGAGGAUGCCACGGCAGAGGAAUAUGCUCCACCUACUGAUGAAACUCCGGUCCCUCCUGAAGAAGCGCCUGCGGCUCCUGAAGAUGGCCCCACAAGCGAGGAACCGGAAGCAUCCAGGGAUAUAGAGGGAGAACCGGAAUCAACGCUGCCGAUCGAAGGGGCAGCCGCCGCCGCAGCUGUUGGCGCAGCGGCGGCCCUUGUGGCAACGGAGGUGUCGAGGGACAAGAGAGAAAGGCGGCGGAAACACCACGACGAGAAGCGAGAACGGUAUCCGAAGGACCCAUUGAAUGGGCACAGGGCUAGACUUGAACGCGAUAGGCGUGAAGCUGGUCUCUUCGAUAGUGCGUUCGCUCGAGAGAUUACCAAAGCAAAGGAGAAAGAGAACAGUCGCCAGGAAUCUGCUGAGUACAAGGAAAAAGAACGCGAGAGAGAUGAAGAGAGGAAGGCCAGAAGAGAGCGACACGCGGCUAAAGAAGCUGGUUCCCGCAAAAGGCAGGAGGCAGAGGACGCAGCAAGAAAGGAGGAGCAACGCGAACGUCGUGAAAAAGCCGAAGCGGCUGCUGAAGAAGAGGGGAGGCGUAGGCGACGCCGAGAAAAGGAGAGGCAAAAGCUUGCCGAGGACGGUCACCGCAAGACAGAAAUCGUCCAUGAAGACAGACGGAAAGGCAAAGAGAAAGAUGUGACUCUCGAGUCGCCUCACGAUACAGCAACCGAUGUUCCCCGCGAGCCGAAAAGGAAACCGAGGCAACCAAGUUUUACAGGUUCUGGAAGUGGCGGCAGCUCCUCUGGAGGAACGGCAAUUCCUAGUAUCCUGAAGAGAAUGGGCACUGGUGAAAGCGAUACCGGGCAUCUUCUCAUGUUCAAGGUGAACGACCCCGAUACCCCCAAGGACAAACACCGAGACAAGGAGCGAAGCCGCAACGGAGACCAUCGCGAAAACAGGUACCACAAAGAGCACGGCAGCAAGCGUCAAGAUUCGGAGGAUCGACCAAGGGCCUCCAGGCAUUCCAGCUCGAGAAGUGACAGACUCUACCACAGUGAGUCAAAACCUGCUACGAAAUUGGGAUUCAUUGGCAGGGCCAUCAGCACGCUCGCAGAGCAUACGAGUAUUAGGGAGAUUUGGCGCCCAGAAAGAGUCGGUGCUUGA